AUGGCAAGUCGCAAGAGAAUAGCUAUCGUUGGUACAGUGUACGAGAUUUUACCUCCCCACAUUGCUGGGUCCAAGAGGAAAGCCUUCAAAGCACAUUUCGGACACAAGGGUGCAGCCAUAUCAAUGUAUCUGCAACCAAAUCAGUCCAAGAUUCACAAAGACAGUCACUUGCGUGUUUCCAAUGAAAUGAUCCCGAGAAUGACAACCGAUAGAGUAGGGCCGUGCCAUACAAACCGGUGUAAUUUCAUAGAGGAAGUUGAAAAAGGAAAUAUCAACCUCUAA